UCUCUCGUGCGGCAACAGCCACCUGCAACUUGCAACACCAGCGGCAACGUGCAACACCCAGCAGCAACUAGCAGCGCAAGUUGCGUGUUUCUUGACUUUGACUCUUUGGGGCCACCAAGUACGAUACGGCGAUUUCGAAUUUCCAGUUUCCCGCGCGAGCGUUCCUCAAAUCAUUUUCUGUUCACCGCCGACUGUCGAGUGUUUUGUUUUGGUUUUUGCUCGUCUUGUGUUGUCACGUGCUCAUUUGUUUAUUUGUUUUUUGUUGCUGUGCUGUGUGGUGCCAAUGAAACCAGCGAGUUCGAAAGAGCAACCAAAGCCACGUGCAGCAUUUGCUGAACUACUUUUGAAAAUACAGCAGUGAUUUCGUAUUGAGAGCCGCAGCAUCCAGUUACAAUAGAUGGACCGCCAAAUCAUGUGCAAUUUUUUGCCAAAUCCGCAUUGCCACUGAAGCGCGCUACCAUUUGAAAAGUGCAUUGUGGGGCAGGACAAAAAAACUUGCAACUGGUGGGAAGAGCAGAGCCAAAAGCCCGAGACCAGAAAACAGAAACCAGAGACAGGAAAACACAGUGGCAAGCAAAGUGUUGCAUACUUGGCAGUUGCAUACACUUGGCACACAUACGAAAGUGUGAAGCAGCGAGGAUACGCAAACGGAAACGGAUACAUACACAUAGAUACAUACAUAGAUAGACAUAUACAUCCGCCACCAUAUAGACGGGGCAACAUGCCGUCGUCAGCAAUAAAUAAAGCAGCACGCAGUGUUGCCAAUGCGAUCCAAUUGCUGGCAAUCGUUCUCUAUUGCUGCUGCAUGGUGCACGGCCAACAGCAGCAGCAGCAGCAGCAACAACCACAGCAGCACUUGAAGUACCAGCAAUUGCAAUAUCAAAUGCAGCAGCAAUAUGAGUACCAGCAGCAGCAGCACUACCAGCAGCAGUUCCAGCAGCAACAGCAACAGCAGCAGCAGCAGCAACACCUGACGCCCACAGCAACACUUGGUCAUCAGCAGCAACACGAGCAGCAAAUCGACUUGCUGUCCACACAGCCAACUCAGCUCUUGCAGACGGGUGUUUCCCUGAUUGUAGAGGAUUCCAAGGGCUCCGGUGAUGCCAGCGGAGGUGGCAAUGGAAGUGCUGGCUCCUCCAACCGCCGACGCACCGCUCAGCUGGCCACCCGGAAGCGGAAACGACGGCCCCAACUUCCGCUGGCCACGAUGGGCGCCACAGAGGAGGAGUCUGGUCCGGAUCCCACUGCCGCCUAUUGGCGCGGUCAUGUGGAGGACGAUGCCGAUGCCCUGCGGAGGAGGAAUCAACCGCUGGUCAGGGAACCCAUGGCGGCCCUCGAAAGGGACCGCGAGCGCGAGAAGCAGCGCCAGCGGGUGGAGCCCACGGAUGCCAGUCCGCAGGGCAGCAAUCCCAGCAAGGCCUAUCGUCGUCCCUACGGGCAGGCCAAGAAAGAGCCCGUGGCAGAGCCAAGCGGAGCAGUUGCAACCAAGACAUCCGUGGAUCUCAAGAACAUCCUGAAGAACUCCGGUGGCCUGAGUCUCAGUGAAAUCCUGCAGCAGAAGAAUCUCUCGCUGGACGAUCUGCUCAAGGGCAAACAGAACGCUCUGCUGGCCCUGCAGACCACAGCGGUGGCCCCUCAGCCGGCCUCCACUUACGCCUCCAGCGGCGCUCGAGGGGAAUCUCCAAAAAAGCAACUCAGUCAACAGAAUAAGCAGGGAGUACGCCGACUGCCGGCUGCUUAUACCACCACUAGCACCGCCUCCGGGAACAGUGAUGAGGACGAGUCGUUGGUGGCUCAGAAAAACAAGGCCAAAUACCCCAGUGCCCUGCAGCGCUUGAAGCUCUUUGGCAGCUCUUCGCGGGAGAGCAGCACCACAAGACGCAUCCUGGGUGGGAUCAACGGGCACAGUAGCACCACCAUGGCCACCAGCACUACUGGAGGUGGCGGCUCCAGCACCAGCACCACCACCCGCGUGCCACUCUACAAGAAGCGACAGCACUUGCGGUCCACCCUAAAGCCACCGGGAUUGUUUAAGGCGGUAUCUAGCACUAGUAGCACCACCACCAUCGCAGCGGCAGUGACCACCACCCAGGAGGUGGAGACCAGCACGGCCUACUCCACCACCACUGUGGUUAGUAACCUGGAGGAGAGCCAGGAGGCGGAGGAGGAGCGGGACAACUCGGAGGAGAGGCAAAGAGAAGCGGAGCAGGCGGAAGAGAGGCCCAGGCAUGAUGAGCCGGAACAGGAGCCGGAGGAGCCCGAAGAGCAGCCCGAUUCCAGUGAGGCAGAGUCGGGUGAGGGCAGUGCCCACACCGAGGCUCCAGAAGCACCGUCUCCAUCCUUCCUGCCACCCGGCAAUCCCCGUUACCGCUUGAGGAAUUCCAGCAUCAAGGAGAAUCCGAAGCGUUUAAAGGACAACUUCAUAGGCAGCAACAUUGGCGAGAGUGCUGAGGAAGGUCUGGAUCUGGGUGAACCCAGUUCGACCACAUCGGCAACACCUCCGAGCAAGGGCAGCGAGGAACUGAGUUACGGAGAGGACGAGCUGGAGAACUUCUUCGACGAAGUGGAGAGCCACACGCACCACACCCGGGUGCCGGCUCCACCUGCACUUGCUUCCGCUCCCGCCCCUUCACCACCGGCCAGGUCACACCCCACUCCUGCAGCACCACCGCCCCCUCCGUCCUUCGAACCGCCCUCCUCCCAUGCACCACCACCACCCAGUUUGUCGGCAGGGAAACCACCCCAGCUGAACAUCAUCGACGAUGUGGACGAUCGCACCGAUCUGCUGGAGCUCAUCGAGGAUCGGCGGUCGGGCAACCGACUGUUCAAGGUGCUGGAGCAGCGCAACAUGACGCUGGAGGAGCUGAUCGAGCACCGGAAGCGCGGCUCCAGCCAGCUGCACCUGUCCACCAUCGUGAGCGGCGGCGACGAGCACUCCCGUCUGUACCCGGGCCAGAAGGUGCUACUGCAGGACAACAUGGACAUCGUCACGGCCUUCGAGAACUUCCCGCACUUCAAUCUGAUGGACCUGAAGAGCGUCAAGCCCGACGAGAUCAAGACGGACUCGCAGGGCUCCAGCUACUUCACCUCCAUCAUCGACAUCGAGCCGAAUGACGAGGUCAAGCCGGUGGGCAGUCGAGGUCCCGCCUACGCACAGACCUCCUCCUCGUCGGCCACCAUUGGAGCUGGCACGGGCACCAUAGCCAUCAACGCGCGGGGCGAGAAGGCGCUGGGCUUCUUCCCCUCGUGGAAGACCCUGGCGCUGGCCUCCCUGGCCACGGCCACCGAGGAGCGCAAUCCCUACUUCCUGCCCCCGCCCCGGCUGCUGCUCGACGGGAGCUCCCAGGAGGCGAACUCCAGCCCGGAGUCGGAGCCCACCAGCAUAGACAUCGACCUGAGCGUGAGUCCCUAUGGAAGCGGCGGCAGCAACUCCUCCUCUUCUAUGGUGGACAACAGCCGGCUGCCGCCGAACAACGAUGUGAUCGAUGAGAUCGAGAACGAGGUGGCUCGGGCCCACGAUCUCCUGGACCUGGAGCUCUCCGGUCCCGGCUUCCAUCGCAGUCCGGCGGCAGCGGCGGCCACCUCGGCCGUGUCGCAACAGCAUCUGAGCAGCCUAUAUGCCAGCAUGCCAUCCGGGAUCAAGUCGGCCAUUGUUGCCAGCACGGCGAUUGUGGUCACCGCCCUGGCCACCUUCCUGGUCAUCUUCGUGGUCUGCCGAUGGAAGCAGCAGCGGCGGCGCAAGAGCAGCUACCUGCGAACCUACAAUGCGAUGAAGAGCAAGCUGCCCCAGAUGGUGCAGCCAUCGCGGCGUCCCUCGAUGCGCCAGCACAUGGAGGAGCUGGUCGUUGGCUCCGGUUCGGGAUCGGGGUCGGGACAGGGAUCCGGGUCGGGUUCGGGUUCGGGCUCGGGAGCGGGCAUUGCCAGCAUCUCCACCUCGGUGGCCUGUUGCACGCCCGUCCACCAGCUGCAGCGGCAGAGCUCCCUGCUCUUCGCCCGCGACGGAUCCGCCACCCUGAGCACCGCCACCUCGCUGACCACCAACGGCACCACGAGCACCAGCAUCACUGGAGCGGGGGCGCCACCAGGCACUGCCCCUCCGGAGCCGCGGGGACUGGCCAUUUCGCUGAGGAAUGCCCACCAGAAGCUGAACACCAUGGAUCCCAACUCGCCGGAGGUGCAGGAAUACUUGUUCGACACGCUGCGCAAGUCCUUCGACAAUUAGGCAUUAGGCAGUAGGCUCCUCUAGUAACAAUAGACCGUUGUUUAGGCCAAGUUUUAUAUAAAUGUACACGUAAAACACACCACACACACACACACAGAACCCCCGAGAGGAACACACUCAACGCGAAGAAGCAAAGUUAGUCGAUUAGUUAGUUUAAGCAGGUAGGAGGUGGAAUUUUUUUGAGCUCGAUUAGAGGAACAUUCUGUGAGAGAAAGUAAAACUAACAAACAUAAACCUAGAAAUCACAUUUUGACAGUGCGUGGCAUGGCCAUAAGGCGGUUUGUGAAGGAAGGCUUUGUUUUACAAUUAUUUAGUUGUGGAUUGUCCUCAAAUCCAAAUACUUUAUUGGAGUUUAGAAGAGAAUAUUUUUAUAAAAUGACCAAGAUCUUUUUUAUUUGCACUUUCCAAUUCAUUAUGAAACUCAAAACUAAUGUGAAACUUCAAAAGAAAAUCGACAUUAUAGAAUACAAUCCACCCUACGUCUAUGCCGCGCACUGUUGCUAGUCUCUAAGCUCGGCAACUCUCAUUCCGACUAUCUAGUUCUAGUUUACGAGUAUAAACCAUCAACUAAAGCGACUCUUUCAACUAAAUCAUACGACACGGCAUGCAAAUGGGUUUCUAAGCACGAGACAAAACGAAAAGUAACUUAAUCAUUGAGCAAAGGAGCAGGAUCUUAGCCAAAAAGUACAGUUGUGUUCGGACAACACAUAGCCCCAAAAAGCCCAAAUCGAAUAUGUAUGAAAUUCGGGAGCGAAAGGAAACCAUUUAUGAGGACAAUAAAUAUUACGAGAGGAAAACGAAAAAACGAGGAAAACUGUGUUCGAUAUGACUUAACCAAGCAAAUUUCUUUCCGGCACUGACUAAAAUACCAAAAUUAAAGAGAAACUAGAUCAAGGCAAGGCAUAGAUGGGCGCUAGAUGGGCGUGGUCAUUAGCACUACAACACCGACAAGAACAACGACACCACUAAUAGUUUAAAUGUUGAAUUGCACCGCAACAGCAAGAGGAAAAUAGAAGAAAUACCUAUUUAUUUUGUAGAGCAGCCACUUUAUCUCUGAUUUAAUAUGAUUUGAUUCUGAUACCACCCCGCCCCCACACUAGGCAGUAGAACAUCUGGCGACAGUAUAUAAAUAUAUAAAUAUAAUUAUACACUUAAGCACGCUCAAAUACGUAUGUACAUAAGUUUCAAUUUGAUUUUUUGAGAAAUAAAAUGUAGAACGAAUUGUGGCAAAGAUUUCAGACAUUCCUACAGCACUUGGGUGAGUCACGCGAUGUGUUUUUGGACUACUGCCGCAAGAGCAGUACUAUAAAUACCGCGGCGAGUGGGGAACCAGAUCCCGAAGCGUCCCCAGUGCACCAUGACCCGUCCAAAGUGGAAGCGCUCCGCAAAUAGAUCUGCGGCACAACAAUGCGAUCGCAAUGAGGGACGGGAAGGUCAACAAUGGUCGGGCAAUCUGGCCAUAUGUACCCUCGAUUGAAAACAAACAGCGCCAGCUGUAAAAGCGUACUCGUAAUUAAUGCCCGAUGGGACAACUGGUCGGUUUAGAGGCGGUUCUGCAAACAAAAUUUCAUCCCAAAGCAACAUGCUUGAGUAAGAAAAAUACAGCACCAGAAAUUGGAGAUGAAAAGAUGAUACUUCCUAUCGAGAUCUAAGGUACAACAAUAUACAAUCUAUUUCUGGGAACACUUAAGAGUUCUUAAGGCAAUAUCAGAUUGGGACAUUGGAAACCAAACAAAUUUUUAACUUGAAAACUUGGCCUAAUGCCACAUUCUUUUCUGGUUCGGUUGUCAAACACCUUUUUAAGGGUCCUACAUGCUUGGGAAUUGCAUUUUUUAAUUUAGCUUCAUAAACUUAAUAAU